UAAUACGUAGUGUUAAAAAUUAAAAAAGACACAAUUUAUAUCCUUUAAAAUAAUAAAAGAUUGAACCAAAUACUCUACUAUGCAGUGGGGACCAUUUUCCAGGGACAGACAGGCAUAUAAAUAUCUACCUUUGCCUACUAACUAAUUUUCAAUAUAAAAUUCAACUUCUUGUUCCCUAAGUUCUUAAAUAUGACAACAGCAGAAGAAACUUCAAACAUGGAUCUGAUAAGCCAACAUCUCUUAGGGGAAAUCUCAGAUUCCUUCUUCACCAAUCUCCAUCCUGUAAAACUUGAACACCCUUCACCAGAAUUUGAUUUCAGUUCAUAUAUUUCAGAUAGUAGCAGCUUUUGCACUUUCCUUGAAGGCUAUGAUUUGGUAGCAGAUAUGGAGUUUGUGGAACACAAUUCUCCAAAGGGUCUCAAGUCCAUAGGAGCCAGCCCUUCAAAGGAAACCCAGAAGAGCAAUUACAAUGAACAAAUGGUAUCAGAGAAGAAGAGGAAGAAAUCAGAAUAUAAUGAAGCAAGGCAUUAUAGAGGUGUGAGGAGAAGGCCAUGGGGCAAGUUUGCUGCAGAGAUUCGUGACCCAACAAGGAAAGGAACAAGGGUUUGGUUAGGUACAUUUGAUUGUGAAAUUGAUGCUGCAAAGGCUUAUGAUUGUGCUGCUUUCAAGAUGAGGGGUCAGAAAGCCAUUUUGAACUUCCCUUUGGAGGCUGGAGAGUCUGAUCCAAAACCAAAUAGUUGUGGUAGGAAAAGGAGAAGAGAGAGUGGAUUCAAGCUUCCAGAAGUUCAAGUUCAUCAUGAUGGUGUGUCAUGAGAAUCCAGUGGUGUGUGUGAAAGAAGAGCCAAUAAUAGCGUUGUGUUAGGUUUGGUGAUGCUGGACAAGUUUGUUACCUUGGAAAAUAUUGUUGCCUGUUCAAUCUGUAUAUAGCAGUAAUGCUAAUGUCUAUAUGGAAUCAAUGCAAAUAUCUAUUGUAUAUUAUCAAAGUUU